UAUUAGCCGAUGCUUUGCCACAAACAUUGAUGUGCUUUUGUACCCUUCGGAAAUGACCGCGAACUGACAUGGUGCUUGCAGGAGUUGUCAUAGUCGCACUUGGUCUUUUGUCAGCGUACGCACGAUCAUACCUGGUCUAUGGAAGCAGACGGUGUGUUGUGCUCGGAGAUACGCCCAUUGACCAUUCAAGCCAGGACCGCGGCAAACGCUCUGCUGGGGCCUACUAAAGCGCGAGCACGGGCCUCAGUUGACCAUCGCACUGACCUCCAGCUCCCCUAUAAACUGCAAGCCUCGUCGAGCACGAGCCACCCUCACCGAAACGCACGAUGCCCGGAUAUUUCACCAACGCCCAGACCGAGCUUGACUCCUCCGCCGAUGACGAUUUCAACCUCGACUUCAGCCGCGAAGUGUCCAAGAAUGCUGACGCGCUGCUGUACUACUACAUCGAGAACCCCGGGUGCAACGGCCACUGCAUGUUCGAGUGCUUAGCGUGCCGGCUGAGGGACGACGCGAUGCCACAUUUUGGGAUCAAUGACAGCCUGUCAGAUUCUGAGAUGCAGCCUCCCACUGAGCGCAGUGGAUCGGCGGCGAGUGUACAACCGCCUACCGCAAGCCCCAGCAUCAUGAAGUGCGGCAGAGACACGCCGCCUGUGUCCUCGCCGACGAGCCCGCGCAAGAGAGUCAAGCAGCAGCCACCCACUUCUCCUUUGCGCCAAUCGACGCGCGUGAGUGCUGCUGCUGCUGCUGCUGCGCAUGCACAAGAAAAGCCCACAGAGGCGUCUACUCUCAGCGUGGGCCUCAAAGAGGUUGCCUGGAGGUCGCAUAACCAGUAUGGCUGCAUGCGCUGCCCUGAGACAUACAAGAAAGCGGAUGACAUGCAGAAUCAUCUGAGAAGUGUGCACGGUGUCCCUCUUCGGAAGGGCAGAUGGGUGCAGAAGUGAAGGAGUAGCGUAGGCAUGUCAGUACAGAGUAUCUGGAAACAAACGAC